AUGGGUACUAGUAGAGCAACAGUGGGUGGCAACAAGUAUGGCAGCAAUCAAGGCGACAAACAAAUAGUAAUGAGAGUAACAGUAUCAGCAAUGGUGUGUAUACGGCAUGAACGACAGCUGUUUGUAACGUCCAGCAGUAAACAAAAAAGCUCUAUAUCAGUAAACAGCGUGACUCUUGCAGAGACGAGUCCGAGCUCAAAUGCAUUGUCUACAUGCCUGCAAGUAGGAAAUAGCCUACCACAUCCCGAUAGAGGGCAUCCUAUGUGUAAAAAUAGCACUAUAUCCAAAGUAUCUGACAAUGAAGAAUAG